AAAAAUUUAUUAUUUAAUAGAAAUACAUUUUUCUUAAUUAAAAUCAAUUAAUAUUGUUGUAUUUACCGUACUAUGCGAAGGCACUUUCAAGACAUAAGUUAAAUUAAACGUUAUUAGCGUUAUAGUAUAAUUAAAAUGGGAUCUGCAAAUAGUACUCCUAUUCCAGGUGGAGGAACAGAAGGAUAUCAUGUUUUGAAAGUUCAAGAUAAUUCACCAGGCCAAAUAGCGGGUUUAGAAGCUUUUUUUGAUUUCAUAUUGGCUAUUAAUAACACACGACUUGAUAAAGACAAUGAUACUCUUAAAGAAAUGUUAAAAAAUGGAGAUGGUAAUGAAAUUAUAUUAGCUGUUUACAGUAGCAAAACACAAAUAGUUAGAGAAGUAAAAAUUGUACCAAAUAGUAAUUGGGGUGGUCAAGGUUUGUUGGGCGUGAGCAUACGAUUUUGUUCUUUUGCUGGAGCCAAUGAAAAUGUCUGGCAUAUUCUUGAUGUUCACCCAAAUUCUCCUGCUGAUAAAGCUGGUCUUAGGUCACAUACAGAUUAUAUAAUUGGAUCUGAUUCUAUAAUGCAUGAAAGUGAAGAUUUGUUUAUGCUAAUUGAAGCACACGAAGGUAGACCAUUAAAAUUAUAUGUAUAUAAUGUUGAAUUGGAUACUUGUAGAGAAGUUUCAAUUACACCAGAUUCUGCAUGGCCUGGCGAGGGAAGUUUGGGCUGUGGAAUAGGUUAUGGGUACUUGCAUAGAAUACCUGUUAGACAAGUAUAUCAAAACAAGGACAUUCCAGCACCACCUAUUAUAAAGCCAGCUGUUGUUAAUAAUGUGAUGGCAACUGCUGCUCAAGUACCACAAGUAAUUAAUCCACCAGUUCUGACACCACAACCACCUAUUAUUUCUGAUAUUCCGGUUACUGUUAAUAAUUCAACUAUUGAAGCAGAAAAAUCUAACGAACCUUUGAAUGAAAGUAAUCAAACUGCGUCAAUACCAUUUUACAACAAUCCAACAUCUGAAAUACCUGUUACCACGCUGACAGAUCAACAAAUCCCUUAUUCAAGCAAUUCAGCACCCUUACCUUAUUUUCCUCCACAAAUUACUACAUUUCAAAAUCCUUCUAAUCCCACAUUCCAAGUUUUAAAUUCUCAGUAUAGUCCUCAACAACUAGGAUCUACUUCUGAAACAAUUAAACCUUAUGUAUUGACACCCCAAGUAACAAAAUUACCACCAUUUACAUCACAAGAGUCUACCGCUAUUUCUGCGUCUCAAGAACCAUCAUCCUUAACACCUGUGAACCUUUCCGAAACUGCUACAGUUCAAGAAUUAAAUAACCAGUCAUCAAAUGUGUUUCCUCCACAGAAUAGUUAUUCUCAAUCCCAUCCUACUGAUAUUGCAGUUACUACAACUGUAACUGAUGUACAGAGUUCUAAAGACAUAAGUAAUUACUUCACGCAGUUUCAAACUCAAGUCAGCCAAUCAAAUAGUUCAAGUACUAUACCUAUGUUUUCUGUGAAGAAUUUUCCACAAAUGUCACCUUUAGCGCAACCUCUUGGAAACAGUUAUUCGGCGAUGUCUAAUUCUCAGUCACAACCAAUAUCUCCCCAGCCUCAACCAGGAAUCAAUUAUUCGGAUCAAUUUCAACCUUUGCAGCCAUUACAAUACCAACAAAAUGUUUACUCAGGAAUGCCACUUACAACUCCAAUAUCUUUACCUGGUAUGCCACCAAUAACUGUUAGUGCAACUUUACCUUAUUCAGCUAUAGAGAGCUUACAAAUUGAUCAGAAGAAAAAUAUUUCAAAUAGUAAUAGUUAAAUAGUUUUUAUUUAGGUCAUUUCUACUUGUUUAAUUAAAAUUA